AUGCUAAGCAAAGUGGUGAAAACCACCGGAAGUGCGUUCCCCCACCCCCCAGAGCUGGACUCCGACGUCUUCCCGCUGACAGGAAGAUUCACUUCCCCGACAGGACGCGUCAAGUGGUCAUGGUGUGUCCAGGACGCAGCGAUGGCGGCGCCGCGGCUCCUGCUCUUCUGCCUGUGCUGGCUUGACGCGGCGGCGGCGGCGGCGGCGGGGCCCUCCGUGUCCUCCUCCUCCAGCCACAGCCCGGUCUCCUACCGGACCUGCUUCUUCGAGCAGAAGAUCGAUCACUUUGGCUUCCUGGAGGACGGCACCUUCAAGCAGCGGUACCUGGUGUCAGACCGGCACUGGCGCAACCCUGGCGGACCUGUCCUGUUCUACACCGGCAACGAGGGCGACAUCACCUGGUUCUGCAACAACACGGGCUUCAUGUGGGACGUGCAGGAGGAGCUGGGCGCCAUGCUGGUGUUCGCAGAACACCGCUACUACGGAGAGUCACUGCCCUUUGGGCCAGACUCCUACAGGGACAGCAAACACCUGAACUACCUGACCUCGGAGCAGGCCCUGGCUGACUUCGCCCUGCUGGUCCAGAACCUGAAGCAGAGCGUACCAGGAGCGGCGGAGAGUCCUGUCAUCGCUGUGGGCGGGUCCUACGGAGGGAUGCUGGCUGCCUGGUUCCGGAUGAAGUACCCGCACGUGGUUAUCGGCGCUCUGGCGUCGUCUGCGCCAAUAUGGCAGUUCCCUGGUCUGGUGGCGUGCGGAGAGUUCAGCAGAGUGGUGACCCGGGACUUCUCCAGGAGCGGCGUGAACUGUGAUCUCAACAUCAGACGGUCGUGGAAGGCCAUUGAUAACAUGACCUCGAGUGACGCGGGGCUCCGGUGGCUGUCGUCGGAGUUUGCUUUGUGCUCCCCUCUCAAGGACAAGAUGGACGCGGCUGCCUUCAAAAGCUGGCUCCAGGAGACCUGGGUCAACCUGGCCAUGGUGGACUACCCUUACCCCUCCGACUUCCUGCAGCCCCUGCCGGGCUGGCCCGUCCAGGUGGUGUGUAAGUUCCUGGCCUUCCAGUCGGCCGUGUCCGACCAGCAGCUGCUGCACGGCGUGGCCCAGGCGGCCCAGGUCUACUACAACUUCACCGGAGGCUCCUCUUGUCUCAACACCUCCCAGACGGCCACGGGGAGCCUGGGCACUCGUGGCUGGUUCUACCAGGCCUGCACGGAGAUGGUGAUGCCCAUGUGCUCGGACGGCGUCCAGGACAUGUUCGAGCCGCAGGAGUGGAACUUCCAGGCCUUCUCCGACACGUGCCAGGCUGCCUUCGGCGUGCGGCCGCGGCCCGACUGGGCCCGGGCGCUGUACGGCGGCAAGGACAUCGGCUCGCACAGCAACAUCAUCUUCAGUAACGGAGAUCUGGACCCGUGGUCCGCCGGGGGCGUGGCCCUCAACAUUUCCGACUCCCUGGUCUCCGUCUUGAUCCGGGACGGCGCUCACCACUUGGACCUGCGCUUCGCCAACGCGCUGGACCCACCCUCAGCGCGAGCUGCGCGGGCGCUGGAGCUGCACUACUUCCAGCUGUGGAUCAAACGGGCCAUGGGACGGUCGCGGCCCUGACCCCAGCAGCAGCGGCGGCGGACUCCACCUCCAAGGUGCCAGAGGCUGUUUCUGCCACCGACUUCCUGUCCUCGCACGCACGUGUCACGCCACAUGUUUUCACAACGAC